GACGUUGAUCCAUCAGUUGUGCGCCAACAGAAGGGUGCUUUCGGAGAAAUUUUGAAAGCAAUGCAAACAAAAUAUACUCCGACUCAGGAGAGAAAAGGGUGGAGUAUAUGUUGUCGAGGUGGACGAGUGCACUCACUCAAGCUGCUAAUUUGUCUGGUUGGGAUGUCACCAAUUGCAGGAGUGAAGCUGAACUAGUGCAGCAAAUUGUUGAGGAUCUUUUGGCAAAACUAGACAACGCAUCCUUGUCUAUUAUCGAAUUUCCAGUUGGAUUGGAAUCUCGCAUGCACAAAGUUAUUGAAUUUAUUGCAACUCAGCCAAGCAAAGUUUGUAUGAUAGGGAUAUGGGGAAUGGGCAGGUCGGGUAAAACAACCACAGCCAAAGCCAUCUAUAAUCAAAUUCAUCGCAAAUUUUUGAAUAGAAGUUUCAUUGAAAACGUUAGAGAAGUAUGUGAAAAGGAAAAUAGAGGGACUAUUCAUUUACAACAACAACUUCUUUCAGAUAUCCUGAACACAAAGAAUAAGAUACAUAGCCCUGCAUUGGGGACAACUAAGAUUGAGAAAAGAUUUCAAGGGAAAAAGUUACUAGUUGUUCUUGAUGAUGUGACCACAGUGGAACAGUUAAAAGCGUUAUGUGGAAAUCCUAGAUUAUUUGGUCCGGGAAGUGUCUUUAUUGUUACAACUAGAGAUGCUCGCCUGCUCAAUUUAGUUAAGGUUGACUAUGUCUGUACAAUGAAGGAAAUGGAAGAAAAAGACCCCCUUGAGCUUUUCAGUUGGCAUGCUUUUCGACAACCUAGUCCGAUAAAAAACUUCAGUGAACUCUCAAGGACCGUAGUUGCCUAUUGUGGAGGAUUACCACUGGCUCUUGAAGUCAUCGGUUCUUACUUAUACGGGAGGACAAAACAAGAAUGGGAAAGUGUACUCUUGAAAUUAGAGAGAAUUCCCAAUGAUCAAGUGCAAGAGAAACUGAGAAUAAGCUAUGACGGUUUAAAGGAUGAUAUGGCAAAGGAUAUAUUUCUUGAUAUAUGUUGUUUCUUUAUCGGCAAGGAUAGAGCCUAUGUUACUGAGAUACUAAAUGGUUGUGGACUUUAUGCUGACAUUGGAAUAACGGUCCUCGUAGAGCGGAGCCUUGUGAAAAUUGAAAAGAAUAACAAGCUUGGAAUGCAUGAUUUGCUUAGAGACAUGGGAAGAGAAAUUGUUCGCCAAAGUUCAGCAAAAAAUCCAGGGAAGCGCAGUCGAUUAUGGUUUCACGAGGAUGUACAUGAUGUUUUGACAAAAAAUACGGGAACAAUAAAUGUUGAGGGGUUGUUUUUUAAGUUUGCCAAGAACCGGCAGAGUUCGCUUCUGUACUGAUUCUUUCAUGGAAAUGAAACAACUGAAACAACUGAAACUUUUACAACUUGAUUGUGUUGACCUCGCUGGAGAUUAUGGGUGUAUUUCCAAACAACUGAGAUGGGUCAGUGUGCAAGGAUUUACCUUAAACUGUAUACCAGAUGACUUUUAUCAGGAAAACCUUGUUGCUUUAGACUUAAAACACAGCAAAAUUAAACAAGUUUGGAAUGAAACCAUGGUACAAUACCCUCGUUUUCUUUUGAAACAAGUAGUAAUUGUUGCCACCACUUGACUUUCCAUUUUUUCUCUAUUUUUUAUUUUAAACGUUUAUCUUCUUGCAGUUUCUGGAGAAGCUAAAAAUUCUUAAUCUCAGUCAUUCUAGGUACUUGAAACACACCCCUGACUUUUCAAAAUUACCAAAUCUAGAAAAGCUUAUUAUGAAAGAUUGUCCAAGUUUGUCCGAGGUGCAUCAGUCCAUUGGAGAUCUCAAGAAUGUUCUACUAAUAAAUUUGAAGGACUGUACAAGUCUUAGCAAUCUCCCAAGGAAUAUCUAUCAGUUGAAAUCAUUGAAAACUCUCAUCCUUUCUGGUUGUUCAAAGAUUGCCUAGUUGGAAGAAGACAUAAUGCAGAUGAAAUCCUUGACAACACUGAUCGCAAAUGAUACAGCUGUAAAAGAAGUGCCCUGUUUAUUAGUAAGAUCAAAAAGCAUUGGAUACUUAUCCCUAUGUAGAUAUGAAGGGUUAUCCUGUGAUGUUUUUCCUUCUCUUAUUUGGUCUUGGAUGUCACCAACCUUGAAUUCCCUACCCCGCACUUCCCCGUUUGGAAACAUUUCAUUGUCUCUAUCUUCCACCGAUAUACAUAAUAAUAACUUGGGCUUUCUAUCACCAAUGAUUCGUAGCCUUUCAAAACUUAGAACUGUUUGGGUACAAUGUCGGUCAAAAGUUCAACUAACUCAAGAACUACUAAGAAUUCUUAAUCAAUGUGAUGUAAAUUUUGACGAAUCAGAAACAUCACAUUCAUCAGAAAUCUCAAAUCUUUCCUUGAGAUCACUUUUGAUUGGAAUGGGAAGUUGUCACAUAAUCAUUGAUACUCGUGGCAAGAGCAUAUCCCAGGUUCUUUCUCUAUCCUCUUGGCUUUCCUAGCUAACCUUUAUCUAUAUAUAAGCGCCUCAUAAUGUAACAUUGACACAUCAUUGGUUCUCUUCGCUUCUCAAUAGUUGUCUUUUCAACAUUAUAGAUUAAGUGUCAGCUUAUAUAGCAUUAUUUUAGUGUUAUAGUAUAUAACUACUAUUGCACAAGAACUAGGUUGCUAGACUAUUCUGUACAACUCGUGAAUAUUGAAACUGUCAAUAUAUGUUGUUCCUCAAGUCUCACAGGGACUAACAACCAAUGGUUCGAGUGAUUUUUUCAUUCCGGGUGGCAAUUAUCCUUCUUGGUUAGCCUAUACUGGUGAAGGACCUUCGGCACUAUUUCAAGUUCCUAGGGAUAUCGAUCGUCACAUGAAGGGAAUAAUCUUAUGUGUUGUUUAUUCAUCAACAUCUGAAAACAUGGGACCUGAAUGUCUUACUGGUGUCUUGAUCAUUAAUUACACAAAGUGCACCAUCCAGAUAUACAAGCGAGACGCAGUAAUGUCCUUUAAUGAUGAAGAUUGGAAGAAUGUAACAUCAAAUCUAGGACCUGGUGAUGAUGUAGAGAUUUUUGUAUCUUUUGGGAAUAGAUUGAUUGUUAAAAAGACUCUUGUUUUAUGUACAUAAAGAAAAGGAGAGUUCAUGUGCUUA